GGGACUCCGUUUCCCGCGCAGGAAUCCCUGGUCCCUCCCCCGCGGUCGGCGGCCCCUCCUCCUGAGCCAUGGUCCCCGCCCCGGGGGCCCCAGGCUGUCCCGCGGAGUCCCGGGCGGCCGGGCCCCAGGUCCCGGCGUCUACGCGGGAGGCCGCGGACGACUCGCCGCCUCUCUGGGUCUCCUCGCGGCCGGGGACCGCGAGCCCCGGGGCGGGCGGGUCGGCGCUGCGCUACGUCGAGCGGGGCAGGAUGGCGGCGUUCCUGGAGGCCGGCCUGGCGCGGGUGCUCUUCUACCCGACGCUGCUGUACACCGUGUUCCGCGGGAAGGCGCCGGGCCGCGCGCACCGCGACUGGUACCACCGCAUCGACCCCACCGUGCUGCUGGGCGCGCUGCCGCUGCGGAGCAUGACGCGCCGGGUGAGCCGCGCCGGGAGGCCGGCCUGGGAGCGGGCGAGCGCCGCCCCGGCCCCGCGGCCCUGUCUGAGCCCCCUCUUUGCCUCGGCAGCUGGUGCAGGACGAGAACGUGCGCGGGGUGAUCACCAUGAACGAGGAGUACGAGACGAGGUUCCUGUGCAACUCCGCCAAGGUGCACAACUGGAGCCCAGAGGAGGCUGUAGGGGCCAUCGCCAAGAUCCGGUCACACAUCUACAUCAGACCUGGCCAAUUUGAGGUUCUCAAAGAGUUCCACAAGGAGAUUACUGCAGGGGCAGCCAAGGAUGAGACUUGUCACACAUCCGAGACAUGAAGUACGUGGAUACGUGGAUUAGAAAGAACUCAGGACAACCCUGCUUGCUACAGAAUGAAAAAGUUUAACAGGACCAAAGGGACUUGAGCCCAGACUUGACAUAACAGAAAUGUGUUAAGUAAUGGAUAAUUUUACUUCCUUUGUCUUGUUUCACUUGCCUGAAAUAACACUGUUGUAUGGCUAGAAA